AUGGCAACAAAAGAGCCAACUCCAUUCACACCGGGUACCCUAGUGUGGGCGAAAUUCUAUGAUAUAUUCUGGCCUGGUAAAGUCGUAGACCCAAGUAGUGCACCACAAAAAACACAGGAUAUCAUGAAUCAAAAGAGAAAUCCAUUAGCUAUGGUAUUUUUUGUAGAAGACAACAAAUAGUAAGUUUAAACUACGAUGGCAUUUUUGUAUUUAUAAUAUUUGUGUUGGUUCUAAUUAAAAUAUGCAGGGUGUUCCACAAAGAUAUACUUAUUGUAAAAAUGGAGAAAAUAGAGAUGAUUAAAUUCUGGGUUUUUUUUAUUACUCACUGGGAUAAGCACUAUAAAUAUUAUGUUCCAAUUCAUUUUUAUGGACUAGUAAAAAAUUUAAAAAAUAACUUUUAAAGUUCAGAGAAAAGUACCUAUAAUAAUUAUGCAGCAGGCUAUAGUCACAUUCUCUAUUAUUAUUACGAUUAAUUGACUGUACACUUCUUUUCUUUGAGCUUUAAAAAAAUAUUAAAAAUAACAAACCUAAUGAAAAUAAAAGAGUGGUUACAUCAACAUUUUCAGAAAAAUAAACUAUACAAUGCCUAUUUUAUAAUUUUAUUGAUCUUCAAAAUACAUGUUAAACUUAAGUGUUAACACUAAAAUGUAGUAGAAUUUUUCAAUGUUUAAUUGCAGAGUUAUUAUCAAACAAUUUUUUAACUAAUGAUAAACCUUCAUUAGUUUUGCCAUACAACAAAUCUAAAGAGUUAUCAUUAAAUAACAAAAAUGUAAAAUCCACAUAGCAGAUUAUCUUACCAUUAAUAUUGAGAUUUUAUAAUCCAUUUAUAUACAUCAAAAAUAAUAUAGGACCUAAUACUGUGCCUUGUGGACUACAAAAAGAGUUUAAAUUUCAACACUAAAAAAAUUGCCUAUAUAUAUUGCUAAUAUUAAUAUUCUCAUAAAUAUAUUUUGUGACAUUAAACAAAGCAAGGUUGGUAGAUAAUCCCUUCCUGUAGCUAAAUUGAUUAUUACUAAAAUAAUUAUUCAUAUCUAAACAUUUAGUUAAUCUUUUUUUAUACAUUUUUCAAAGAUUUUACUAAUUGAUAAGGUCAAAGUAAUAUAAAACUGUAAAUCUUUUAAUUAAUUAAAAAAAUAAUUAAAAUAUUUAAUAUUUUCAACCAUAAAAUAUACAAAAAUCACAGACAAAAGCCAUACAUGGAUAUCACUUCCACGUUUUUAAUUUACACAAAUAAAAUAAGAUUAGCAAAUAUUUGUAAUUACAAAUACAAAACUACGUGUAAAUUGACUUAAGAUAUUGAAUGUUUAAAACAGGUACCUAAAUAGUAUAUCCAUAUAAUUAUGAAAAACUAUUCAAAGUAAUAGAAAAAUAAUUUUUUUAUUAAUUGUAAAAUAUACAAAAUAUUACUCAUAAAAAAUCAUAAAUACAUAUCACUAUAUCAAAGUUUUAAUUUAUAUGAAGCAAGUCUCAUAAUAUUUUCACAAAUAAACUUCUUAGUAGGAAAAUUGAGUUGGAACAAAAAAAACUGAAAUAUGUAGAACACUUAAAUGUUAAACUUCUGAACAUCUGAUGAAGAAAUAAUAAAUCAGCUUUAAUAACAUAUUAAAUAUUAACACAUUUUUUUUUCCAGAAAAUUGUUUAUUUUUUUUAAUAUUUUCAAGCCAAAAAAUAUUAUGAAAUCAAUUUACAUUAAUAAGUAUUGUAAAAAAUAUUAAUUUGUAAUCUAUGGUUCAAUUAAUUGGUUGCCCCAGAAUAAUUAAUUAAACAGCUAACAAAGUAUUAAAUCAAAGUUAAUAAAUAAAAAGAACAUUUAUUUGCAAAAAUUAACACUCAAACAAAAAAAAUAAAUAUGUUCAUGUUUUAAAUUUUUUCUCAUUUAUAACAAUCAAUGGUACAUAAUAAAUGACUAAAUAAAUCACUGUACCUAUAUUAAGAUGUACCUACAAUAAAAAACAAUAUACUUUAAACUUAAAAGUAAAAGUUUUAAUUCUUGGCCAGUCAGAAUUGUUAUUAUUUUUUUAUGGCCUUCUGUAAAAAAAAAGGUUGGCCACUAUUGGUUUAGUUAAUACAGUUAUUUAUUUUUGGUAAAUAUUUUACUAUAUUUUACACAUUUUACAAAUGAGGUCUGAUAAAUCUCCAUGGAACUAUGAACCUUAUUAAAAGUUUAUUGUUCAGAAUGACCUUAAAGUUUUUAAAAAUUAUCAAUUAUUUACUAAACAAUGUAAUAGAAUAUCAUUAUUUUAAUUACUACAAACUGUAUAAUGUUGAAAUAAUGUAGUUAAAAACAAAUUUUUAAACACUAUACCAAAUCCAUGUUUUGUAUUAAGAUCAUCCAAUUGUUGAAAUUUCUUUGUAAUAUUUAUAUGAGUAAUUUGUUUUAUUGUGUUAAUAGUGAUAUUGUUAUGAGCAUUAACAAGGUGUUCCUGUAUUCCUGUCCAAAAAAAAUGGAGUAUGUUAAAAAGGGAUACUGUAAGUAUUAUUAUUUUAAUGAAGUACUCAUAUUACAAUAAAUUUAAAUCAAUUGAAUUUGUUACAGCUUUGUAUUUGAGAGAACUAAAUGGAAUAAAAACAAAAAACGUUGAAAUGAAAAAUUUUUUAAAAGAUGUACUAAGGUUUGAAGAAGAAAUAGGAGGAAACAUUAAUAUUUUUAAAGAGUUUGAAAAGGAGAGAGAUGAAGAAAAAACACCAAAACGUCAACAACUCAUAAAAAAACUGUUCUCUUCAUCAAGUGGACACAAAAAAGAGAAAAGUAAAAAAAAGAAAAUUAAACAACAAUUAAAUAUAUCAAUACUAUCUCCAACAACAAGCAAUACAACACAAAGAAACAUGACUGAAGAACCUAAUAUACAAGAUGAACUAUUGAAAGAUGAGGAUAAUAAAAAAGAUAAAAAUGAUGAGGAUAAUGAAAAAGAUAAAAAUGAUGAUGAUCAUAUGAAUGAGGAUAAUAAAAAAGACAAAAAUGAU